CAAAGGCCAAGCUUCUUAACCCUGAACAUACUGUGUAUACUAACUGAUAGCGGUAGCCUAAUUUUGUGACAAUUUAAUGAGUUUCUCACUUCCAUCCUCAGCAUAGCUGGCCUGCACGGUUAGUUAGAUAGGUAGUUACUGUAUAUAAGCCCAAACCUGUCUCUGAACUUCUGACUGUGCCAAUUCGAUACGCAGGAUUUGAUUAAAACAUUACCCAGGGUCGGAUAGUAUUCAGCGUCUAAUUUGGACUUGGACUCAAUCUGUUUGUGGCAUUUUCUUCACUUAGUUGGUUGUGCGUGUUCUGGAUUCAGAUAAAAUGUCGGAAUCUGUUGAUACUGGUUCGCCGGAGGUUAGGAAUCCUCUGAUAUCAGUGGAGGAAUGUGGCCCCAAGCCUGGUACAGACCACAAGCAUCCCGACACGCCAGGCCUGCAGAAACAGACAGGUUUACUCGAUGUGGACGAGGAAGAAGCUUGUCGUCUUUCGGCCAUCGGCGAGGAAAAAGACGAAGCCGACGAGGACGAGCCUCUCUUGGAGGACCUUCCGAGGAAGGAGGCCGUCCUGAGCAAUGCCUUGAGGCGAAGCAGCAACGCGACCAAAGAACCGGAGCCAAGGCGAUUUUCCAUCAACGCGAGGCGCCGCGGGAGCUUCGGAAUGGGCGUCUUCGCGCAGCCAGAACCCCCCAGCCAGCGGCGCCCUUCACUCGUGGUCCAGGAAAUGCGAAGAAGGAGCAGCGCGCUUCCGUUGGUCGAGGAGGAUGAGGAAAAACAAAGGAGACCAUCGGUGAGGCGCGACUCGCUAAUGGUAAUGGAGGUCCGGCGCCGGAGCACCCUGACCUCGCCCAAGCUUGCCCUUGAGGAGGAGGAGCCGUUGAAGAGCCCGACUGCAAUCAGGUGGGGCGAAGAUGAGAUGGUUUAUGAAAGGGAAGAUGAAGAAAAAGGCGCAGAAGAACCCAAAAGGGCCAAGUGGGGAGGCCAAGUGGAGUUCCUCCUGACUUGCGUCGGCUAUGCUGUAGGUCUCGGCAACGUCUGGCGGUUCCCCUACCUCUGCUACAAAAAUGGUGGCGGUGCUUUCCUUGUUCCAUACAUCAUUAUGUUGGCUGUAGUCGGCCUCCCUCUUUUCUACAUGGAACUUGCAUUUGGACAAUUUGCAAGUUUGGGCCCGAUCACGAUUUGGAAGAUCAACCCUCUCAUGAAAGGUCUUGGCUACAGUAUGGUUAUCGUCUCCUGGCUAAUCUCCCUCUAUUACAACGUGAUCAUCGCGCACAUCCUUCUCUACCUGUUCACGUCCAUGACCUCCGUGCUGCCGUGGACCACAUGCGAUAAUUAUUGGAACACGGACGCCUGCCUCCUGCCGCCAUCGAAAAACGAUACGCUCAAUGCUACCAUGACCAAUGGUACUUUCCUCAGCACGGCCUCUUCCAUUAAUGCUACUGUUGCAACGAACUUAACCAAAACGCCAAGUGAGGAAUAUUACUACAACUACAUACUGGAACAGUCAUCCGGAAUCGAAGAAUUCGGCCUGCCCAGCUGGAAGCUCGUUCUCACUCUCCUCCUGGCCUGGGUCAUCGUUCUUGCUGUCCUCCUAAAGGGCAUCCAGUCCCUAGGGAAGGUGGUCUACUUCACUGCGAUCUUCCCCUACGUCAUGUUGACCGUCCUCCUCAUCCGUGGUGUGACUCUCCCAGGAGCUGAUAAAGGCAUUUUAUACUACCUCAAGCCCGACUUCUCUCGAUUGGCUGAUGCUAGGGUGUGGAGUGAUGCCGCAACACAGAUCUUCUACUCUUUCGGUGCUUGUUCAGGUGGACUCAUUGCGAUGGCCAGUUACAAUAAAUUCGACAAUAAUUGUGUCAGGGAUUCUCUUAUCGUGUCUAUGAUCAAUUGUUCGACUAGUAUCUUCGCUGGUCUAGUCAUAUUUGCCGUCCUUGGCUUCAUGGCUACAGAGAAAGGAGUUGAGGUGAGCGACGUUGCUGCCGGAGGUCCAGGUCUUGCCUUUGUCGUCUACCCCGAAGCUAUCGCCAAGAUGCCAGUAGCUCCACUCUGGGCCAUCCUAUUCUUCAUCAUGAUGGCGACUCUGGGCUUCGGGACCCUGUUCUCCAUGAUGGAGUGCGUCCUCAGCGCCUUCUCAGAUGAGCUCAGUCGCUUCAUCACAGGACCGAAGCAGGCAAUCAUCUUCAGGUGCAGCGUCAUCGCACUCUCUUUCGUCCUUGGUAUUCCUAUGGUUUGCAAGGGAGGAAUCUACUUGCUCAAUCUGGUCGAUUACAGCAUCAGUGGUUUCCCCCUCCUGUUUGUCGGGUUCUUCGAACUGGUGGCCAUCAGCUGGGUCUACGGUUUCCCAAGGUUUGCGGGAGAUAUUGAGAUGAUGUUGGGGAGGAAGCCGAAUAUAUACUGGAGGGCUUGCUGGAUGGUGAUCACACCUUUAAUUAUUUUUGUGACUAUAAUAUUCAAUUGUGUCUUAUACAAGCCCCCGAGCUUGGGCGGUUAUUCAUACCCCGCUUGGGCCGAUGGCAUUGGCUGGCUGACCGCUCUGUGGCCUAUCUUGAUGAUUCCUGGGUGGUUUUUAUACCAGUAUGGCAGAGAUGGCGGUUAUGCUCUAUUGAAAGAAGCUGCCAGACCAGAGAUCGAAUGGGGACCAGCGCUGUCGGAGAACAGAACAGAGGCCUAUCUGGACGGCUCUGAGGGAAACAAAAGUACCAUUUUUGCAACCCGGGAAAACAAGAAUGCGAUCGUCGUCUGCGCUAACAAAAAUCGUCUGACGAAGGACGGAAGUGCCAACGGUCAAAGUUCAUUUGGUCCCAAGGACGGUGCAGAGGUUAUUGAUGAAGCGGGAGACACAUGCGUUUGAACAUUUUACUCAAUAAAUAAUAAUUUCAAAUACUCUUUUAAAUGUGCUCAAAUUUCAAUCGUUCAUUUCGUUUUUGUACCAAGUUUUAGCCGCGCACACAUUUUGUUUAUGGAUUUGUGCAUUUCGUAGGAAAACAAUAUCAUAAACAGUUCUGUUUGUGAUGCCGUGUUGUCCAGAGGAGGUGUAGGGAACAGCGCAUGAGCAGUGUACAUUUCACUGAGCAAAGAUCAAUCUAUGCUUGAUUGCAUCCGUGUAAAGACAAAUUUCCAUUGAGCGCGAUACCAUAGCGCCAAUUAGUUCAUUGGGUAAAAUUGGCGUCCCAGAUGCUAAUAUAUAGUUUCACAAUUAUGGCGUAAUAAAGAUCGGGUGCAAGAUAACCUGGAAAAACUCCCAGUAAUGCCUCUUUUAAUCCUUUAUCCGCUGUUUCCUUUGAAGUGCCUGGAUGCUGGAAGAAGCAACAAUGGUAUCUUGACCACCAAGGUUUUUGUACCUCAUCAAGAUACAUGUAUACCCAGGCUACGUUUAAAAGUUUUUAGAAGCAAUAACGAAUUGGUUGAAAUGUCUGCAAAAUUAGUUUUUUUACGGGAGUACUUCCUCUGUCGGGGGAAACAUCAAUGUACUUUGUGAGAGGAUAGGGACCGAUAGGGACAACCUGAUUAGAAGGGGUAACCAAGUUGGCGAAAUCGAAAUGAAUGACAUAGGUAGCGUGCUCAGGGAUCUUCUGUUGAUGAGGACAGGGGUGAUUAUCACCUCUUUGAUAGAGAUGAGCUGUCGGAUGCAAUCACGCAUCUGGCAUGCGCAUGAGUGGCCGCCCCACUAUGUAAUAUAUAUGUAGUUUGUUAUUAUACAACAGUGUUACAUCUCUUAUUUGUCUUGUUCAAUGCACCUAAUCAUGUAAGCGCACAAUGCACAAUUUCCUGAAAUGUACGAGAGUACGAGAAAUAAAUGAAUAAUAAUAAAAAGGGAGUGUCCGACCAUGAGGCUCAGGAUGCAACAGGAGUUAACAUCAGACAGUCCUGCGAUGGAAAACAUGAUGUCAUCUGUGAGUCAAUUGAUGAUAGGAAUCAGGAAUAGCAAAUGCUUUUACUUGCUUUUCUUUAUUCAUAUAAAUAGCAAAUGCUUUUACUUGCUAUUCUUUAUUCAUAUCACCCAUUGACCCAAAGAUGACAUCAUCUUUUAGUACAGAAAGGUCUAGUGUAAGGGUAUACAUGUAGAUUUGGUAAAAGCAUUUAGAAUUUACUGGUCUUUAUUUAUGUCACCCAACACAUAUUGGGUUUUAACAGCAAAAAGGGCAUAAAAUAUAACCCAACGGAAUUUGUGUAGCAAUGUAGGCAGGACAAAAAAAUAGUAAAAAUCGAAAGAUUCCGUUUGGAAAAUUUUGUUUUAUUGCAGUUUUUCCUGUACAUUUCCCUGUACAUCAAUGCACUUCUUGCUAAUGUAGGGCCUCGUACCGUUUUCCAAUUUAAACUUUUGCCCAUAAGACAACUGACAUUUCAUUCAUAUUUCAAUCGGUUCACAGAAUUUCCACGGAUGUGCAGCAAAACAUCCGUGAUAUUUGCAAUGUCAUAGACUUCGUUGCAAUACCCUAUUAACACAACAGAUUAAAAACAAUAUGGGAUAUUAGUGGCGUUUUGAUUGCUUACUUUUUUAUAGUUUGCCAUUUAUCGGUUUUUCUUAUUCAAGUCCAAAUUGAUCACAAAAAUUGACUCGGCCUAAUGACAUUCCUAAUUAGUCUCCGGCUUUGAGCUGGAGACUUUUGUAUUAGGGUAUUUUUCUCUGAAUUCCAGCACACGCUCGUCGGCAGGUCGAUGUAGCGUAUGUACGUGUAGAGAGGUAUGGACUUCCAAAUUUACCUGGAUUCAACCUUGUCCGCAAACCGCAGAGGGCAGUCUGGUCUCCAGGGUGACGUUCCGUAUGAAAAUACAAUGGGCAUUGCACGCGAAAGUGAACCAACCUCGGGCAGGAACUUGCACUUACAUCAAUGAAAAUAAAGAAUAAAGCAAUGUUUUUUUAUUCGCCUCAGCUGGAUGAGUUUUUCUUCGCAAUCGGCUUUCCAAGCUGGUAUUCAAUGUCCUGGUUAACAAAUUCCCCAGGCUAAUUGCCGUUCGAUGUUCCACGUCGACGUUGUAACGGGAUACAUUCUCAUGUAUCAGUGUAUUGUACUGUGUACACUACAUGCAGCAUCGCUUGGCCACGCUCCGUCAUUUGAACAAAAACUGGCUUUAAGUAUUUCAUUUGGCCCAUCGACCCAUGGACAGCUAAAAUUUGUAUUAUUUAC